AUGUCAAGGUCACACGUCUCUCGAGGACCAAUAGAGUAGAACUGGGACAGAAGAGACCCACCCCGCUACCAGGUUAUUAGGUCGGUAUAUAAGGCAAAACUGUGCUUCAUUUUGUUUGGUCAGCAUCCUCUUACUGGAUAUAUCUGGAAGUUAUACUAAGCUUCGUGGAAAAGAUGCUGUAUUUAAUUCUACUGUUACAUGUACUAUUGGCAGCUGAAGCAAGUCUAAAUAAUAAUAAUACUCCGAUUAAAGGAAAAAAGUCAAUUAAAUAUAUAGGACCCGUUGUCUAUAGCAAUCUUCCUCCUCCGGUUGUAUAUUUUCCGCCGGUUCCAGAAGUUCCAAAAGGUCCUUACACUGCAUCUCCUCAUCCUGUUCAGUUUGUGCCAUUUCCAUAUAACGAAUUACCAGUUUUAAUUUAUAGAUCUAAACACAAUCCUCCCAUUCACGUUGUAAAUCAAAACAAAUUAGUUUCUCAGAAUGUUGUAGGCGAAAGUAAUCCUCACUAUAAAGAUUAUAGUCAAGACAGUAAAGAUGAUCUUAUCGCUGAAGGAUCAGAAACAGUCAAAACUAAAAUAGCCACUAAAUCACCCUUUCGAUCGUUAUUUGAACAGAAGCCUAUAUAUAUCGAAUCUCCACCUCCACCAAAGCCAAUUUAUGUCUCACCAUCUCGAAAUAUUGUACGUAGACAGAAAGGUGUAUAUUCUGCAGGUGCAAUGCAUAAUCGACUUAAAAUGCAAAAUGGUGAUCUAGAUACUAGUGACUCUAGAAUCAAGUUUAAAACUUUAUCAGGUCCAAAAUUCACUAUAACUAAAGCUUAUGUAUCACAAAAAAGGCCACUUUUCGAUUUUAUACCUAGACCAAUAUCUGCUAUAUCUAUCAAGAAGGAUUAUUUAAGUGAAAUUCUUUCGUCCAUAUUAGGAGGGAUUACUUCAACUACCCAUAAUAUCAAUAGAUUUUUUGGUAUAAGAAGACCUAGCUCAAAGACUAUUCCCAGCCUUCGUGAGAAAGUAAAAGAAUAUAGACUGAGGAAGAUGUUAGGAUUAAAAUCAUCAAGAUUUCCAUAUCUUUCUGGUUAUGGUAAUCAAGCAGUUGAUCCAGAAUUUGCAUCGCACCUAUCAGAACAGAUUACUCAAACUUUUAUCGACGAAUUAAGAAAUCAUGCUAGCCAUGGAAAAGUUAAAUAUACUACUAAACCUCCUAAAUAUACAGAAGGAAAACCAUUAUUACCAUCGGAGAGUCAUAUGGAAUAUCCUAAAUACACUCACAAAGUUUCUACUCCUACUAGUAAAACAACAAUAGCAACAACAACAACAACCACAGCACCCAUUCAUAAAAAACCACCGAUUAUAAUAUUUCAAGGUAUAAGACCGCCUAUUUACGUAUACAGGAAACCUGUUUCUCAAAUUUAUGAUGAUACAGAAGUCAUUAAACCUCCAUUGCCUCAAUACAAGCCUCCUCAAGCCUUGCACGAACAGCCACCACCUAUAUAUAAAACUCUACCUUUCUCACCAUUAGACAUUGCUAAAGCUAACGAAGACGAUAAUAAUAAAAGUUCUUUAAUCAUAUCAAGUAACAAAGAUAAAGUUUGGCAACCUGUUUUACAUGGAUCAGAAGAAUCUAAAGAUGAUAGCAUAAUUGACAUAAGUAAUCAUAAAAUGGAUUCCUCUGAACAUUAUAAAGAUUAAUUUUCCAGUUUCAUUAUGGUCAACAAAUGUUUUCAUUUAAAUCUAGGAUAUUUGAGUAAAUGUUCUUGAAUAAAUUAAAGAUGUAAGGGCAUCCU